UAUUCAUUGGUUUUUGUUGUUGAGUGAAUAAAGGUUUCCUCUAGAGAAGGGCUAUUAGCCCUCCGAUUGUUUUCCUGUUUUCCUUGCGUAUAUGCACCAGGUGAUGGAGAGUCAAAUUCACAAAACUCGCAACUCUCUCUCCGUCUGACACCAAAUUUAGCUGAUUGUAGUGUGACCGCUCUGCCACCAACAGCUAAUCCAAGCUUUCCAGGAAGCUUUUGAUGGCAACCUGAACAUUAUAUCGCGCCUGUAUUUAGCAAAUCCAUGACUGAGGUAGCUCCCUGACUUUUCUGUUGUUGCAUCACGUCAACUGCCUCAGUCAAAAUCCUUGUCACCGCCAUGAACGGAACUUCUGUCACCCCAGUUCCUCUACAGGGUGACGGACUCAUGCCAGAAAAACUCAGCAACGAUGACUCCGACUCCACAAAAUCGCUAGCAUCGAUUAUUGAAGCUCUAGAAGCAAUCCACAGCCCACAAUCAUCGAACGAAGCUCGGGUGAAAGCGUCGGUGUUCCUCGAUCAGGCACGCGCUCAAGAUCAAGCGCCCUUCGUUGGUUAUACGCUUGCGUCCGAUCUUUCGCAGCCGCCGCCUGUCCGACAUUAUGCUCUCUCGAUGAUAGAAUAUGCGAUACAACACCGAUGGAUCCAUUACUCGGGAGAACAGGCUGUUGCCGUUCGUGAAUGGACUCUGAGUCUCGGCUCCAAAGUCAAAGAACAAGAUCCGCUCUACGUCCGAACCAAGCAGGCACAAUUAUGGGUUGACAUAGCCAAAAGGAGCUGGGCAUUAGAUUGGAUGGGCUUGGAUGAAGCUCUACUGCAGCUGUGGGCCGGGCCGCAAGUGCAGAGAGAAUUCGUGCUCUACGUGCUAGAAAAUCUCUCAGAAGAUAUCUUCUGCAGCGAGGAUUCUAUCGCCGCCUUACGAGGUGCUGAGCUGAGCAAAGCCUGUGUCGAGAUCUUCACUCCGGCCGCAAUCUUUGCGGAGCAAUAUCCGACAAGAGAAACCAGCGCCAAUGUGCGCCAGGGUGAUGAAGGAUGGCUUGCGCGUCUUGCAGAAUUUCUGGGUCUGUGUUUGGAAAAUAAUGUGGAGAUCGCUGGUCCAUAUCAGACUGGGGCAAUCAGAGCAUUAGCAGUGAUGAAGUCAGUGGCUGGAUGGGCCAUUCCAAAAGCUAUAGUUGCUGCGCAUUUGCUUGAGCUUUGCUGUCGAGCUAUGGCAACUUCCAGCGUCCCAGUACAGUUCGCAGCUGUUGAAGCACUUCACAGCCUUUUUAGCCGAGCAUAUCUCCAGGACGACGACUUUUUCGCAACCGUUUGUCCAAUGUAUAGAACCGAAGUCGUGAAUCUGAUGAAAUCGCUCUAUGAAAGAUCCAUUGUGGACGUUACAGACAUAGAUGAAUCAAAAUAUAUUCUCUUGCAGAAACUUGUUGAGUUACUCGCAAACUUGGGUCACUACAUAAUAGAAAGGCCACAGCUCGUCCCCGAAGGAAGCGAUCUUGCUGGUUUCUUUUUCCUCAUGCUCACAGUCGUACGCAACCAGAGUCUUCUUGUUACGAUACCCGUCUUGCAUACCUUUGUCAGACUCCUCAGAAUAGAAUCCAUCGGAGACUCGGAGACUAUCUUGCCCCUAAUCGGACCGCUACUCCAAAUCUGCAGUGAACGGCUAUUCCGCUAUGAAGCUUUGCCUGAGGACUCUGACGAUCCAACAUUCAUAUUCCUUAACGAAGACAUAGAGACUGUGCCGGAACGGCAUGUUUUCCUUGGAAACUAUCGAAGAUAUUGCGUGGAGGUCGUCGAGAUAGUUACUCGAAGGAAGCCAUUCGAUGCGUUGGGUCACAUCAUAACUCAAGUGGAUGAAAUGCUCCAGAGGCUAUACAGCAACCAGCCGCCAUUCAAAGUGGAAUUCUACACCCGAAAUUCUAUUCCUACUCUGAUUGCCGACGCUCAUUUCACGGUAGUAGAAGCAGCCCUCAGAGGCUACGCGAAAUGGUCUACCUCGCAAAGCCCAAGCCCACCAGCCGAUGUGCAACAGACCCAUGACCUCAUGGACAAUUCGCUGGAAAAUUGGUGUGAGCGGAUACUGCAAAUAAAUCAUCAGGAUCCACUUAUUCAAAAAUGUGUCACACACCUGAGCGUUGACAUUGCAGCAAGCACAAGGAAGCCAGCCUUCACCCUAGCCGUUUUGGAGCGCAUUCUGAGCCUUAAAUUCGUUGAGGAUCCAGACUAUCCAGCUUACUCGGAGGCAGUUCAAGAACUACGAAAAGUUUGUUCCCAUGAACUGCACCGGCUAGCCUUGCACUUCUCGGAUUAUUUUUACUCUACAUAUGAAGACAUUGAACGUCGUAUCAACGUAGUAAUUUCUGGCCCUGACGUCGAUGACCGAUUGCGGCUACAGUACCAGACCUUUUUGUUUACCAUCACUCAUCGCUCCGCCUGUGGAGAUGACGAAGUCCGCCGACAGCGACUUGCAAGCUUCUUAGAGCCUGUCAAAGGAUUAUGGCUACAGCCGCAGAUGCUGGAGGCUCUCUCGUCGUUUGAAAAUUUCUGCAGAUUCCUGGGUCUGGACAAAGUCCAGCAGUAUCUUCUUUCAAAACAAGCCCAUCAGGUGGAGAACUGGUCGACGUUUGCAUUGGAUGAUGAGGGAAUGGCGAUUAAAUCACAAACAACCCAGAGCUUCGAGGCCUUGCCCAUACGAGCCACAAAAUCUUUCCUUGGUGUUUCUGUGGACAAGAUGAAGCGCACCGAGAAUUCGUACAGGGUAACCUGCUCACUGUGGAAAGACGUAAUCCCACAAAUCCUUCCGCAUCUUCUCAAAUUAAUAAGUUUCUCUCACGCUCUGCAUGUGCCCGAGAACUGGACCGGCCUUCCGGGAGAAAUGCACUCGGUGGUCAAGCACGUAUUGACGGAUCGCUUCUGGCAAGCUGGAAUUUCAAGCGGGAGCAGAGAUGACUUUUACGCAAAAGUUACCGGCACGAAAACCUCUCUCGAGGGCUUUGCAUCAUCUGUUCGUGGCACGAUCCGCGCUGUCAGGGAACAAUGUUACGCCGUGCUCGGAUUUAUGACCCGGCUGGAGGAUCACUUUUAUGGUUUCAGCGAACUUCCAGAGCCAUUGUCUGAAGCUCUUUUCACAGACGCUCGCUCGCUCUCAACUCAUCAGCUUUCUGUUCUGCUUAACGUCUCUAGAACAGUGAUCGACAAUUGUCCCGUCCAUCAGCGGUCAACUUUUCUUUCACCCUUCCUCUAUUCCUUAUUUAUUCAGCUUGAUCAAAAGAUACAUUUCGAAUGGCAACGUCUGAUUCAGCGACGCCAGACUUCCUCUUACGAAGACGAUCUCACAAACGAAAUGCGCGAUGAAAGCAUUUUACGCCAACUCACCUUUGCUGCCGUUACGACCGUAGCUGGAAUUCUCCACCCCCAGCGGCCAAAUCCCCCUUUCCAGACUACUUCCGGACCGCUUCCAUCUCAGUCAGAGGAUCAAUCCAAAUCAUCCCCAGCAAAAUCCAACGACACAUAUCCAAGCAUGCGCAUGUUCAUAAUCUCCAAUCCUCGAAUCCUCGAGGCCAUCAUUCUAUUCAUGACGCAUGCAAUCUAUAUGCAAGAUUCUCGAUGCUGUAACAUCACCAUCAAUGUCUUUCGCAGCAUUAUCCCGGAAUUCCGUAUUUCGGGCGGACUUCCAGCCGCACCCAUGAUCCGGGACUACAUCAGCUCAGAAGUCCUCAAAGCGAGUAUAGCCUCCUUACACGAACCCUACUUUGUCGAUCUCCAGAAAGAACUCGCUCAACUCAUUGCGACUAUUAUCCACUUCUACGGUACUCAGACCGAAGUAGUAGCCCAAGUUUUGCUCUCCAUCAACGGUAUGACUGAGCCUAUUGUUGGCCGGGCCAUGGGCCGCAUCGUGCGUAAUCAGUCUGCCCGUCAGCAGCGCGCCCUCGUGCUGGAAUUGCUUGAGAGCCUUCGCGGCGUGCGCGUCAGCGAACAGGGCAAAUUUGCGAAGCCCGACCCGAAGAAGGUCAAAUCCGCCAUCCAGGAGAAGUACAUGACCAUUGAUACCGAACCGACACAGUCCCAGCGCGAGCAAAGCCCUGAUUUGGGCGGGAUUGCGGAUAUGUUCGGUUGACGAAAAAUUGCAAGAUGUGGUGCAUCAAAUUUAGCCGUCUUGCUUACAUAUUCGAACUCUUCAUCCCACAGUCCUUUCAUACUUGGGUGCUCCCGUUACGUUGACUUUGAAAGUUUCCAUUCCUCUGGGUCGGCUACUUGUUUUUUCUUCCUUUCUUUCCAUUUUCUUUUGCAUUAGGGAAGGCAGGCAAAACAUUUUCAAGGAUAGGAAUCGAUCUACACCCUGCAUUAAAUUUUUUUCUUUUUACCUGAUGUUUUCGAUUUCCUUCGUCCUCCCUAGGUUUAUCACAUACUCGAGGCGUCGGGGUCUCUCAUGGAUUCUUCUAAUCUUGAUCCUCGCCGUCCAUACCAUAAAGAAGCAAUUAACUCCUCUGGAGCGAAACCCGCAGAUCGCUCACACACAUAGCUAGGCUAUUGAUAGAUUUCACGAAAAUAAGAAUUUGAGAUGCAG